AUUACCAUCAUAUAUGACAAGAUUUAAAACGAUCUCAUUUAACUCAGUGCGUGGUGGAAGACGCGACGUUGUGUGGCAUGGAGUGAUCAAAUUCCCAAUUAAUUAGUGCCAUCGACCCUAGGCCAUGUUUUUUCGGUCAAAAUGCCCGGAUUUUUCGCAUCAUCACUCCUCCUCCUGUGGACCUUCUCUGCCAUCUUCGCACAAAACGAAAACGUGGAUUUAGUUGAGAAAGCGAACAUUUGGGACGAACCAAAUGGCCUAAUGCGCAUUUUAGGCCGUUGUUUAAACAAUUCAAAAAAUAAGGAAAUACUUAAAUCGGAUUGGGCGUACAGAUUCGAGGAAAAUCAAGUCGUUUUAAGCACACUGGAACUUUUCCCGCGGGGAUUCCCCCGAGAUUUUUCCAUUUUGACAGCUGUCAGACUCACACCUGGCGACAUCUAUCCGCUAGUCACUGUUUAUAGUGAAAGUGGGGAAGAACAGAUUGCUGUAUCACUAGGAAAUGACGUUAUUUUCACUUAUGAAAACACCAACGUUACUUUUAACAUCUCUGUUGAUGAUGGAGAGUGGCAUCGAUUAGCUUUUAGCAUUAAAGGGGAUUCCAUAAAUCUCAUUUAUGAGUGCAAUAACACUAUAACCCAACCUUUAAAACGUUCAACCAAUGACUUAAUGACAGAUGGAAUCAUUCUGAUUGGUUACAAACUGACAGAAGAGAAAUUUUUCAAGGGCGAUAUACAAUUAUUGACAGUAGUACCAACCCCGGACGAGGCUUACGAAUUGUGCAACAAUUAUGCACGUGAUUGUAACACUGUAGUGGCCCUCCGGGAAGCGUUUUACACAAGCAGGGCUACCAACAGUACUUUAGAGGCUCAAAAUUGGGCUAGUGGCAGCCGUGGUGAUCUUGAUUAUGACGUUGAUUUUAAUACAGUACUACCAACUUUUGAAACUGUGACUAAUUAUCCUAAUCUUCCAAGCUGGGGUUUUCCGGGUCCGAGAGGGUAUCCGGGACCGCCGGGGCCUCCCGGUGCUCCAGGCCUUAAAGGUGACCCCGGACGAGACGGUUUAGCCGGCAUGAGGGGCCAAGUUGGCCCCCCUGGACACGUUUUUAUGAUUCCGCUAAAUUUACAAAGUAAUGAGAAGGGACCUGAUAGUCAAUCAGAGAAUUUUCGCCAAUUGUUGUCACAACAUAUGAUGUCGAUGAGAGGAAUUGAAGGUCCGAUGGGAUUAACCGGAGUUCCGGGCCCUCAGGGCCCUCCUGGUCCCGAUGGGAUGAAGGGGGAACCUGGAGAUGUAGGGGAACCGGGCCCUGGGGGUGAAAAAGGGGCUUUGGGUGCUCCCGGCCGGGAGGGUAGAAGAGGGAGGCCUGGUCGGGAUGGGGAGAGAGGGAUGACAGGUCCUCCGGGACCUAAAGGAGAACAGGGAUUAUUGGGAUUACCGGGACUUCCAGGUGAUAAAGGCGAGCGUGGGGCUCAAGGAUUAGUCGGCGAAUCGGGAUUAAGGGGUCACGAUGGGAUGCAAGGCGAGGAGGGACCUCCCGGGCUUCCUGGAAUGCCUGGAGAGAUGGGUCCUCGGGGAUUUACCGGGCCUCGUGGAUUACCUGGAGUGCCAGGCCCGCCUGGAAUACCAGGAAAUGAGGGUCCUGUGGGUUCUAAGGGACAAAUUGGGCCUCCUGGAUCACCUGGAGCACCUGGUCAAAAUGGUCCUCCCGGAGCGGUUGGCCCUCCUGGACCUCAAGGAUUACUCGGACCGCCGGGGAUUAUGGGUCCGCAUGGUAAACCAGGAAUUCCUGGAUUGCCGGGUCCAGAGGGAGCGCCUGGAAAUCCGGGGAGUCCAGGAGUGAUGGGUCCGAAAGGAGAGCAAGGACCGGUUGGACAGACGGGUCCUGUGGGAUUCCCGGGACCUCGAGGUGUGAAAGGGGAUGAAGGGAAAAGAGGAGUAUCUGGAGAGAAGGGAGAUAAAGGGGAUAGGGGUUUGGAAGGAGAGAAAGGGGAAUUAGGGAUAAAAGGAAAUAUAGGUACUGUGGGAUUACCCGGAAUCCCGGGAUUAGAGGGACCCGAAGGACCGAAAGGUUUUGAUGGACCCAGAGGAGAAACCGGAAAUGUGGGAUUACCGGGAGAGAAAGGGAAAGACGGGCCUCCGGGACUUCCAGGAUAUCCUGGAAACUCCGGCGAAAAAGGGGAUAAAGGAGCUGGGGGAAAAAUCGGGGAAAGUGGGGAGAAAGGAGACAGGGGAAAUCCGGGGACUCCGGGUGAAAGAGGCGAGCCUGGUCCUCGAGGUUUUCGAGGUUCACGUGGUCGUCGAGGUCGUGAAGGUUUACAAGGUCCUAAAGGAGACACCGGGCAACCUGGACCUCCUGGACCUCAAGGCGAAAGGGGAAUUUUGGGUCCUGAAGGACCUCGUGGUUUUGUCGGAGCGCCAGGUCCUCCAGGACUUAACGGAAAAGAUGGCCAUCCUGGAACACCUGGAGAACGUGGAUCUCCUGGUGAACCAGGAAAACCGGGAAUGAUGGGCCCUCCUGGAGUGAUCGGACCUCCGGGACCAAUGGGAGAAGUAGGACCUAUGGGCGAACAUGGACCUCCUGGCCUUCCGGGAAUUCCUGGAGAGGCUGGUCUACCUGGAGAAGCGGGGAAAGAGGGAGCUCCAGGAAGUCCUGGACCGGAAGGAAAACCCGGCCCUGAGGGUCCAACGGGAUUACCUGGAUUUCCUGGCGAAAGAGGAUUACCAGGAUUGCCUGGAAUUCCGGGCCUUAAAGGCGAUAUGGGACUACCAGGGACUCCCGGAGUUUCUGGAGAUAAAGGACAGCAAGGAGAACCGGGAAAGGAUGGCCCGCAAGGUCCCGAAGGUCGAAAAGGUCCACCAGGAUCACCGGGUUCUUUUGGCGCUAAGGGAGAACGUGGUGAACCUGGACCUUCCGGUCCGUCAGGAAGAGAUGGUUUGCCGGGAUUAAGGGGAUUACCUGGAGCUCCAGGUCCUGUAGGACUUCCAGGAGAAGAUGGAGAUAAAGGCGAUAUUGGUCCUCCUGGAGAAAAAGGAUUUAAAGGAAAUCAAGGAGAGACCGGACCUUCAGGAAGUACAGGUCCCCCAGGUCCAAGAGGAGAACCAGGUCCUGUAGGACCGCCAGGAGACAAGGGCCCACCGGGUGAAAUAGGACGCCAAGGUUCCAAGGGCGAAGAUGGUCCUGUGGGACUUCCAGGUCCUGCAGGACCAACAGGAUUGCAAGGAUAUCCUGGACCUCAAGGUCCUAAAGGGGAAAUUGGAGAUGUUGGUCAGAAAGGUCCCCCGGGAGCAGCAGGAACAUCAGGAGAACCGGGCCCUAGAGGAGUGAAAGGAGCCAAUGGUUUACCCGGGUUGCCAGGACCCGAAGGUCCUCCAGGAAUAAAAGGAGAUUCGGGAAUCCCCGGGCUUCCUGGACCUCCAGGAAAUGAUGGAAAACCGGGAGAGAGGGGGCCACAAGGACAAAAAGGAGAAGACGGUAAAACUGGUCUUCAAGGCCCUCCAGGUCAUAGAGGACCUCCCGGAAAUGAAGGUCCUAAAGGAUCACCAGGACCUGAAGGUUUUCCUGGUCCUCCGGGGGAAUCCGGUAUUCAAGGCCCAAAAGGAGAACCCGGAAAAGAUGGUGAAGAUGGCCGUCAAGGAGAAACGGGACCGCCGGGACCCCCAGGACCUGGCGGUCCCAUGGGAACACCAGGUCUUCCAGGAAAACCGGGACUUGAAGGUCCUGCCGGUCUUCAAGGACCGUCAGGACCUCCUGGUGAAAAAGGCGAUAUUGGUCAAAUCGGUCCUCCAGGUCCCCAAGGAAUGCUAGGACCUCAAGGCCUUCCCGGGCCUCAAGGACCCCCAGGAUUAAUCGGAGCCCCUGGCGUAGCAGGGGAAAACGGAGCUCCAGGUUCACCCGGCUUACCGGGACUUCCUGGAAAAACUGGAAAUCCAGGUCCUGAAGGACAAAAGGGAGAUCGGGGAAAAAGAGGUCCGAAAGGACACCGUGGCGAAAUGGGAUUAUCUGGGAUUAAAGGGGAUUUAGGCGAGAAGGGAGAUAAAGGGGAUAAAGGACCUCCAGGACCUGAAGGACGUAAAGGAGAGACAGGACCUGAAGGCCCCAUGGGAUUCAAAGGUAGCGAAGGUCCUGCAGGACCACCAGGAAUGGACGGACCACCAGGACCAAAGGGAGUGGAAGGCCAAACGGGUCCUAAGGGCGAACCUGGACCCCCAGGUCCUGCAGGACCGCCAGGACCUCCAGCGGAAAUGCCGCUACUUCCGCCGGAAAUGCUUUUCGAGAGGUCUUCUGGUAGAGAGAAACGCCAUCUUGAUGAUAUCAUAUCCGAAUAUGAAGAACCAGAAACUGAUGACGUCACGGGAAAAUUCCUGGAAAUGUACAAUACCAUCUAUUCGAUGCGACAAGACUUAGAAAGGGUGAAAAAACCUAUAGGAACCCGGGAAAACCCAGUCCGGUCCUGUAAAGACCUAUUUUACGGCCACCCCCAAUUUCCUGAUGGAUGGUAUUGGAUUGACCCAAAUUCGGGAAUGACUGACGACGCCAUCUACGUUUUUUGUAACAUGACAGCAGGGGGCGAAACUUGUGUUUUUCCAGACGCCCACAGUGCCAAUAUGCCCAAUAUUCCUUGGAGACAAGAAGGGGAAAAGAAGGAAUGGUACUCCCAUCUUCGUGGGGGCUUCAAAAUAACUUACGAAACAGUGGGAAUCGUCCAAAUGACAUUUCUUAGACUUCUUUAUGAAGAAGCUUACCAAAAUUUCACUUUUUCUUGCAUCAACAGCGCCGCAUGGUUCAAUGAAAACUCCCACAAUUACAAAAUGGCGAUUAAAUUUCUCGGAGAAAACGAAUAUGAAUUUUCUUACAAGAAAACUGGAAUUAAGGUUAUACAAGAUGGGUGCCAGACUCGGAAUACCAAAAGUGAGACUAUUUUUGAGCUAAGGACUACCAAAUUGGACCGUUUACCUAUUAUUGAUUUCCUGCCAGUCGACUAUGGGUCUCCCAACCAGGCAUUUGGGUUUUCCGUCGGCCCCAUAUGUCUCAAAUAAAAUUCUAACCCAACUUUUAUUAUAGCACCUUAUUUAUGAAUUUAAUUAGGAAAUGUAAAUAUUUUACAACACUGCCAUUUUUGUGUGUACAUAUUUUUAAAUAAAUGUUGAAA